CUCUCAUCACUUCAUUUGGAGAGGAAAAGAAAAACAAAAAGGGAAAGAAGAUGAGCGCUUCCGUGGCUGUGUACAGGAGUAUUUACACAGAGGACCGCUUUAAACAAGCGUACGGCAGCGAGGAGAAGCCCCCAGGUGGGGCUGCGCGGCUCCGGGGGAGGCUCGCGGAGAGCUGCAGGUGUUCACGGCGCGCCUGCCUCCACCUGUUGAAGGAGCGAGUGCCCAUUUUAAACUGGCUGCCCCGAUACAGACUCAAGAAAUGGAUUUUAGGAGACACGAUCGCGGGACUGACGGUCGGUAUACUCCACAUUCCGCAAGGCAUGGCUUUUGCUCUACUCACAUCUGUGGCACCUAUAUUCGGGCUCUACACCUCCUUCUUCCCUGUGGUCCUCUACAUGUUGUUUGGCACGGGUCGCCACGUCUCCACAGGUACCUUUGCUGUGGUGAGUCUGAUGACAGGCUCUGUUGUGGAGCAGCUGGUACCUUCUCCUCUGGAGCUCAAUGCCAGCAGUCCUGAGGCAGCAGACCUCCAGGCCCAGAGGAUUGGUGUGGCCUCAGCCGUGGCACUGCUCUCAGGACUUGUCAUGCUCUGCAUGUUUGGUCUUCAGCUGGGCUUCCUCUCCACCUAUCUGUCAGAGCCAAUCGUCAAGGCUUUCACCAGUGCCGCUGCCCUCCAUGUCACUGUCUCCCAGCUGCAAAGCAUGCUGGGACUUCGGCUCGCUCGACACACCGGGACUUUCUCCCUCUUCAAGACCCUAGCAUCCGUGAUAGAGAACCUGCCUCACACUAACGUGGCUGAGCUGCUGAUCUCAUUGGUAUGUUUGGCCAUCCUGGUGCCAGUUAAGGAGAUCAACAUGCGAUUUCGGCAACGCCUGCGCACACCUAUUCCCGUGGAAAUACUAACGGUGAUUAUUGCUACAGGAGUGGCCUAUGCUUCCUCCCUUGACUCUACUUAUGACAUUCAGAUUGUCGGACAUAUCCCAGCUGGCUUCCCAAGUCCGCGACUGCCUGCCUUGCACACUUUCCCUGACAUUGUUGGAGACACGGUAGCCAUAACAUUUGUUGGUUAUGCUGUGUCAGUCUCACUGGCCAUGAUCUACGCUGAUAAACAUGGCUAUUCCAUUCAUCCCAACCAGGAGCUGCUGGCACACGGUAUUUCAAACACCGUGUCUUCUCUUUUCACCUGCUUCCCAAGCUCAGCCACACUGGCCACUACUAACAUACUGGAGAGUGCAGGAGGAUACACACAGCUCUCUGGUUUGUUCACCAGUCUGGUGGUGUUGAUUGUCCUGCUUUUGAUAGGACCUCUGUUCUACUUCCUGCCCAAGGCAGUGCUGGCAUGCAUCAAUGUGGCAAGUCUCAGGCAGAUGUUCCUGCAGUUCCAGGACUUACCUGACCUAUGGAGAAUCAGCAAGAUUGACUUUUUGGUCUGGAUGGUUACUUGGCUCUCUGUUGUGGUACUAAAUGUGGACCUUGGUUUAGCCAUUGGAGUGGUUUUUUCUAUGAUGACUGUCAUCUGCCGUACACAGAGGGCUGGUUGCUCGGUGCUUGGCAGGGCCAGCAACACAGAGAUAUAUCGACCCCUGGAAAACCACAGUAAGUGCUAUGAAGUGCCAGGAGUGAAGAUCCUGAACUACAAUGGACCCAUCUAUUAUGGCAACCGCAGUUUCUUCAGAGAGGAGGUGAGCAAGCUGUUGAACCUGACGCCAGAGAGGAUCCGCAGCCAGGAAAAGGCCAUGAAGGCCCUGGAGAAGAGGGAGAGGGAGUCCACUGUCAACACCGUGGAGAGAGGCGUUGCAAACACGUGGUUUCCAUCAGAAAAUGAGUUCUUUAAAUUGGAAACAUCUGAAAAUGAUGUGCAGGCGGUGUUAAUUGACUGCAGCAGUGUGGUAUUUGUUGAUGUUGCUGGAGCCAGACUCUUCAUACAGAUGUGUACUGAAUGCCAGAAAGUUGGUGUUCGUGUAUAUUUGGCAAGCUGCAAUGAGAGCGUCCUAAAAAUCCUCACGUCAAGCGGUUUGAUGAACUACAUUAACCCACAACAUAUUUUUGUCACUGUUCAUGAUGCUGUGGUUUACAUCCAACAACAAAAGGAAAAACCUCCAGAAAACACUACAACUGUUUGGGUGUGAGGUGGACAGUCAAUGGCGUGCCAUUUCCAGCUUCACUAGCAAAGAUCAACUUGACUAGCAACUGCGAAUACAAUGCAAGACAGAGCGUCUCCUGAGGUGAGGACGAGGGACGUCUGCAGGCGAGAGACUCUCCGGUGUGUUUGAAUCUGUACUGAGAUCAGCGAGUCAGACUGUACUGUAUAUGCCAGCGGUGCCUAUUACAACGCAGUAGCCCAUUGUAGCGCGAUCACCGGAAAUGGAAAAUGUAGUCUAUACUUCCAGUGUUACGUUAAGAAAAAUAAAAAACUAUGCCUGUAUCUCAGAUGAACUGAGUGCACAUGCCUCGGAUACGUUGUGACUCUUAAUUAAAAAUCUAUUAGGAAAUAAUUUAAGUUUAGCAGAGACAGGUUGAAUUUGAAUAAACUAAAUUAUGCUAACACACAAAAAACAUUAGCACACAGCAUUACAAACAAACAUAUCAUACUAUCUGCCUGACUCAGUCUAUUAUACAUAUAGUGUGUGUGUGUGUGUGUGUGUGUGUGUGUGUGUGUGUGUGUGUGUAUAGUCUGUUAUACAUAUAAUACAAAUUAGAUGUAUAUGACAUGAUGAAAAUGUAUGCGAUUAUUGAUAAUAAUUCUGUACCAAUUGUUCAAUUUUAAUUGUGUUAUAUGUUGGAAAAAUCAGGCUAAUAGUAUUUAUUAUUGUCUUCUGUUUAUUUUGGCAACUUAAACUGCAGUACAAACAUAAAACAUUCUGAAAUGCACUGAAUAAUUUCCCAAAGUUAUUGCAUAUUUAUAAUAUCUGAAAUACAGUUUGUAUUUGAUAAUGCAUUUUAACUGUAUAGAUGAAACCACGUGUUGCCUUACAAUGUUUUCUCGUGAAUACAGCACUGGCCUUACAUAAAUGGGAAUAUGACUCAAAUAUGUUUGAAAGGAUUUUGUAUUUUUUUGUUUUGUUUUGUUUUGUUUUGUUUUGUUUUAUUUUUUGGCCACUGCUGUCCAGUGACAACUUUAGCAUUUUGAUA